CUAAUUAUUCUCCUAUAUAUAUAAAUACUCAUUCCUUCUCCUUCCCACACUCAAACCAAAGUACAACCAUUUUCUUUUCUCUCUUCAACACUAUUCAUUCCAACAAUAUCAAAUUGGGGUUUCGUCAUGGGAAAUUACGUUUCAUGCACCUUAGCACCACCAUUGAUGAGGAACGUGAAAGCAACUAGAGUGAUCCUUCCAACCGGAGAAGUGAAGCAAUUCAAGGAAAUAAUGAAAGUUGCGGAGCUUAUGUUAGAAAAUCCUAACUAUUUCUUAGUUAAUUCGCGUUCUCUUCACGUUUCUAAAAGAUUCUCUCCUCUUGCUGCAGACGAAGAAUUGGAAUUUGGAAGUGUUUACAUAUUUUUUCCUAUGAGAAGACUCAACUCUGUCGUCACCGGAGCUGACAUGGCUGUACUCUUUAUGGCGGCGAAUUCCGCUGAGAAACGGUUACGUGCCGGAAAGACACGUGUCCAACCGGAUGAGAGUUCGGGUGGUGGUGUUGAGAAUGAUGAAAAGGAGUGUGUUCCGAUAUUGAGUUUAGAAGGAGUGGAAUCAGGAUUUAGUUAUAGGUUAAGUUAUUGCAGAUCAAAGAAACCUUUUCUGGAGACUAUAAAUGAAGAACCAAUUAGGUCAAGAUGAUAGGUUUAGGUUAUUAUCAAUUUUUCAUUAUAAAGUUAGUUAUAGAAGUGUGGUAUGAUAGAUCUUGGAUGAUGUUAAUAGAAUUCAUUAGGUUAGAUAGAUAUUAAUUUGGUUAAUUCAUACAAUACACUUCAAAAAAUUAUGUGAGGUUGUAGGUGUGACAAGCUAUAGUAUAAUUGAUCUGUACAAAAUUAAUUUUUAGACCGAAUGGACCAGUUUGCGCGUUGUUAUGAUAUGAUAUUUUAUUGACAGUAUAUGAAAUGGAAUUUAUAUUUAGUUAACAUGAUGGUUGUUCUUACUUUCACUUCUUAACUAUUCAAGCGAUUUAAGUGUGAAUGGUUCAAAAGAAAUGAGGUGGUUUUUUCUUUUGAACGGAUUCAAUGGAUGAGUGUAGACUUUGUACAAUGUUUUAUUUCUUAUUGCAAUACGUUAUUUUUUCUUCGGUUUAAUAUUUUACGAUGUCCUUUGUACUUAGACAUUUACAAUGAUUUGUUUAUUUUAUUGUUUUUUUUCGAAACACUCAUUUAAAUUAUUAAGAAUUCUUAUUAAAAAUUUCUUUAGCCACCUCCCUAUGGGGUCAUCCCCAGCGAAAAUCCAAAAAUACCCCUGCUUCGGAAAUGAACUUCCGAAGCGUUUUUUUUUUUUUUUUAAAUUUCCAUAAUUCGGAAGU